UGACUAUUAUUUUGCUUUAGCUUCCUUUGCUCUUCUCAUCCUCAAAACCCUUUCAUUUGUUGCUUUUGUCUUCUGUUAUCAUUUUUCCCUUUUGUUUCUUUCUCGUCUUCUCUCAUUCCUCUACUUUCCACCCAAAAAACCAGAACCUUUCACUUUGAUUCUUAGUUGCCACUUCGUUCAUAGCUAUAGCUUAUGGACAAAGCCGCCAUAUCCAAUUUCUCACCAUUCUGAUUACUCGGCUUGCUCAAAUCGUUAUUGAUAUAUUAGUUCUUGCUGUUUUCAUUUUUGGGUCUGCUCACCCGUUAUAUUUGUUCUACUGUCAUUUACUUUCCUUAUCUGUUGAAUAAAAACAAAUGGAUCCUGUUAUUACCGGUGCUGCUGCCAGGGUUUCCUCCGAAGUUGGGAAAGGCAUCUUCCAAGAAAUUAAACGUCAUAUGAGAUAUGUAAUCAUCUACAAGCCAAAUAUUGACAAGUUUGGGGAGAAAUUGAAGUCAUUGAUAGCAAAAAGAACAACUGUGCAGCAAGAGGUUGCUGUUGCAGAUAAUAACGGGGAGAAGAUAAAAGCGGACGUCGAGCAUUGGUGCAACACAGUGGACAGGGUAAUCAAUGAAGAGGAGAAGAAGGUGAAGGAUCUUGAAGACAAAGCAAAGAACAAGUGCUUCGUUGGCUUGUGUCCCAAUAUCAAGUCUCGCUAUCAGCUUAGCAAGCAAGCAAAUAAAGGUACAGUGGUUGUUGACAACCUUAUCCAACUGGGUCAAUUUAAUGGAGUGGGAUAUAUUGAUGUUCCAAAGGCUAUACUGGGCGCAUCUCCUAAUGGCUUUGAGACCUUUAAAUCAAGAGAGAAGGUUUUCAACGAUAUCAUGGAGGCAACGAAAGAUGCCACCAUCAGCAUGAUAGGAGUGUAUGGGAUGCCUGGUGUGGGCAAAACAUUACUUGUCAAAGAAGUUGCAAGACAAGUCCAAGAGGUUAAGCUAUUUGAUUCUGUGGUUACCAUAACUGUGGCUCAAACUCCUGACAUUCAGAAAAUUCAAGAAAAUAUUGCAGAGUUAUUGGGUUUAAGACUAGAAGAUAAAAGUACGGAUGUAAGAGCGCGUAGAUUGCAUGAAAGGUUGAAGAAAGAGAAAACGGUUCUUGUUGUUUUAGAUGAUAUUUGGAAGAGACUAGAUCUCGAGGAAGUCGGAAUUCCAUUUGGAAGCAGACACAAGGGAUGCAAGAUAUUGUUGACGUCAAGAGAUCAACAUGUUCUCUCCAAUGGGAUGGAUGCCGAUAAAACUUUUGCAAUUGAUGAUUUAGACGAUGAAGAAUCUUGGGACUUGUUUAGGAAGAUGGCUGGGGCCGAAAGCUUUGAAAGUGCUGAGUUGCGCUCUACAGCAAUUGAGGUAGCCAAAAAAUGUGCAAGAUUGCCGCUGGCCAUUGCAACCGUUGCAAAGGCAUUGAGAAAUAAAAGUUUAUUUGCUUGGAAGGAUGCUUUACGACAACUACAGAAGCCUUCCUCAAGAAAUUUCACUGGAAUAUCCGCAGACGUAUAUUCAGCUAUAGAGUUGAGUUACAAUCAUUUAGCAAAUGAAGAACUCAAACAGGUUUUUCUGCUUUGCGGUUUAGUGCGUCGUGAUACAAGCAUUGAUGACUUGUUGAAAUACACCAUUGGUUUGAGUUUAAUUGAAGGUGUCGACACCGUGGAGGAAGCACGAAAUAGGUUGUUAACAAUGGUGAGUGACCUCAAAGCCUCUUGUUUGUUACUUGAUAGUAACACCAGUUAUCGUUACUUUGAUAUGCAUGAUCUUGUUUAUGAUGUUGCCAUGUCAAUCGCUUCUAAGGACAAUCAUGUUUUUGCAUUUAACAAGGAGGAUGUUUUGAAAGAUUGGCCUGAUGAAGAGACAAUGAAAAAGUGCGACAAGAUUCAUUUGGGAUUUGCCAGUAUUAGAGAGCUUCCUGACGAGUUGAAUUGCCCACAACUUGUUUAUUUCCAUGUGUUUAGCAAGGAUGGUUCCCUGAUAAUGCCACCUGACUUCUUCAAGGAAACAACAAAUCUUAAAGUCUUACAUUUGACUUAUAUGUAUUUUUCUUUAUCUUCGUCCAUUUGUCACCUAACAAGUCUUCGCACAUUGUGUCUAUGUGCAUGUGCAUUGACAGAUAUAGCUAUUAUUGGAGAGCUCAAGAAUUUAGAAAUUCUUAGCUUUUCGAAUUCUUAUAUCAAAACUCUACCUAAAGAAAUUGGGCGAUUAGUUAAGCUAAAGUUAUUAGAUUUAAGUCAUUGUAUUAAGCUCGAAAUAAUUUCACCAGAUGUCUUAUCAAGUUUGAUCAGAUUAGAAGAACUAUAUAUGUAUGGUACUUCUAUUCAAUGGGAAGUAGGGGGACAUGCCAACCAACGAACCAAUGCUAGUCUUGCUGAAUUGACGGCUUUGUCUUGUUUGACAACUUUAGAAGUUCAUAUUCCUGAUGCCGAGGCCGUGCUAGGGGGAUUGUUCUUUAAAGAGUUGCAAAAGUUGGAGAGAUACAAGAUUUUCAUAGGAAAGGAAUGGGAAUGGUUUGGUGAGUAUGAAUAUUCAAGGACUCUGGGACUCAAGUUAAGUACAAGCGUUGAUCAUUUGGCUCAUGGAAUUAAGAUCUUGUUGAAGAAAAUUGAAGCUCUGUAUUUAGAUGAAUUGAAAGGUGUCAAGAUUGCUAUCCAAGAGUUAGAAGAUGAGGAAAGCUUAUCGCAUUUGAAGUAUCUUUGUAUCCAAAACGGUUCGGUGAUCAAAUAUAUAAUUAAUGAUAAGGGUGUAGUUGAUGAAAUUCAAUUUCCUCAAUUACGAUCUUUGAUACUUCAAAAUCUACCGCAACUCAUUAGCUUUUGCUUUGAAGACAAGAGCGACUCUACUUCAAUAUCUCAACAUGAGUUACCUCUUUUCAAUGAAAAGAUGUUGUUCCCUUGCUUGGAGAAUUUGCAGCUGUCCUCAACUAAUGUUGAAAAGAUAUGGCAUAAUUCUUUCUGCAAUCAUGAGAAUUUGACAACACUGAUCGUCCAAGAUUGUGGCAACUUAAAACAUUUUUUAUCAUUUUCCAUAGCCAGAAGGCUAGUGCAUCUCAAAUACUUGGAGAUAAUUGGAUGUAUGUCCUUAAAAGAGAUCAUUUCCAUAGAGGAUAUCGACGAAGAAAGCAAGACCAUGAUUUUAUUUCCUCAAUUGGCCUCUCUAGAGUUAAGGGAUCUUCAGCAUCUCAUCGGAUUUUGCUCAAAAUGUCAGAAUGUUGAAUUUCCAUCUUUGAAGUCGCUAAAGAUAAUAAACUGUCCAGAACUGAAGGGGUUCAUAUACAACUCUACAAAGGAAGGGAGGAGCCAACAUUUCUCCAGUCAAGCUCUCUUCGAUGAAAAGGUGUUGUUCUCUUGCUUGGAGAAUUUGCAAUUGUGCUCAAUUAAUGUUGAAAGGAUAUGGCAUAAUGAGCUUUCAAUUAGUUCUUUCUACAAUCAUGAGAACUUGACAAAUUUGGUGAUCAAGGAUUGUGGCAGCUUAAAACAUAUAUUAUCAUUUUCUAUGGCUAGAAGGCUAGUGCAUCUCGAGUACUUGGAGAUAAUUGGAUGCAAGUGCAUAAAAGAGAUAAUUUCCACAGAGGAUAUCGAAGAAGAAAGCAAGGCUAAGAUUUUAUUUCCUCAAUUGAACUCUCUAGAGUUAAGGAAUAUUGAAUUGCCAUCCUUGAAGUUGCUGAACAUGGACAGCUGCCCAGAAUUGAGGGGGUUCAUAUGCAAAUCUAAAAUGGAACGGAGCCAAUGUUGCUCUAGUGAAGCUCUUUUUGAUGAAAAGGUUGCAUUUCCUAAUUUGGAGGGAAUUUUUAUUUCCAACUUGAGAAGCAUCAACAUGAUAUGGCAGAACCAACUCCCUGUGAAUUCCUUUCGCAAACUACAACGAAUGGAAGUUGUAAAUUGUGAUUAUUUAUUGACCAUUUUCCCAUCUGAUACGUUGGGAGCACUUGAAGGAUUGCAAACUCUACGAGUUGAGAGAUGUGUUUUCCUGGAAGAAAUAUUUGAAGUCGAAAGGUCAAGUAUGGAAGAAACACGAGCUGUCACCACUCAACUAAGAGAAUUGUUUAUUAAGAAUCUACCAAACUUGAAGUCUAUUUGGAAAAAGGAUCCCCAAGGAUUUUUUACAUUUGAAAAUCUGCGGGUGAUACAUCUCUGGUGCUGUUUGAAUCUGAAGAAUGUAUUUCCAGCCUCAAUAGCCAGAGUUCUCCCACAACUUAGAGAUCUUUGUAUAGAUGACUGCGGAGUGGAGGAGAUUGUUUCCAAAGAGGAAGGAUUGAAAACGGCUGUCACUUUCGAGUUUAAUCAAGUAUCCUCCCUUAAGCUUUGGAACCUACCGCAACUCAAGUGUUUCUACCCGGGGGUGCAUGCGACCAAGUGGCCAAUGUUAAAACAGUUGAAAGCAUAUAAAUGUGGCAAAACGAAGAUAUUAGGUACAGAACGUUUCAGCAUCGUAGAUACGCCUAACGUUUUAGUUCAUCCACCACUUUUUUUGGCUGAAAAGCAAGCUUGGUCAUUGGAUGACCUACCAACAACAGUGGCCUUGACCAUGCAUCAAGGAUCUACGGUGACGAGCAUGGAUUUUCAUCCAUCGCAGCACACAUUGCUACUCGUUGGUUCUGCUAAUGCUGAAAUCACACUGUGGGAACUUGGAAUGCGUAAGAGGUUUAUUACAAAGUCAUUCAAAAUAUGGGAUAUGGCGACAUGUUCAAUGACAUGUCAGGCUUUGAUGGUCAAUGAUACACCCAUAUCUGUCAAACGUGUCACAUGGAGUCCUGAUGGAAGUAUUGUAGGGGUUUCAUUUUCCAAACACUUAAUUCACUUGUAUGCUUAUCCUGGAUCUAAUGAUCUAAAACAACACUUAGAGAUUGAUGCCCAUGUUGGUAGUGUAAAUGACUUAGCUUUUGCUCAUCCAAACAUACAACUGUAUAUUGUUACCUGUGGUGAUGACAAGCUCAUAAAGGUGUGGGAUUCAAUGACGGGACAAAAGCUGUUUACUUUUGAAGGUCAUGAUGCACCAGUGUAUUCCAUCUGCCCACAUCAGAAACAGAAUAUUCCGCUCAUAUAUUCAACUGCUGUCGAUGGGACAAUUAUACUCUGGCAGUAUAAUGAUCUGCAUUUCAGAGCUGACUUUGUUGCUCUAGGUCAUGCGUGUACUACAAUGCUUUACAGUGCUGAUGGAAGUAGAUUGUUCACUUGUGGAACAAGUGAAGAGGGACAAUCUUAUAUGGCUGAGUGGUAUAAAAGUCAAAGAGUAGUAAAGAGGAUUUAUACUGGGUUUAGAAAGAAAUCAGCAGGUGUGGUGUCAUUUGACACGACGCAAAAUCAAUUUUUAACUGCAGGAGAAGAUAGUCAGAUUAAGUUUUGGGACAUGGAUAGUAGCAAACUUCUCACUUUCACAGAUGCAGAGGGUGGACUCCCUAGUCUUCCCCGUGUGAGAUUCAAUAAGGAAGGAAAUCUCCUUGCUGUCACUACAGCAGACAAUGGAUUCAAAAUACUUGCCAAUGAUGUGGGUCUCAGAUCUUUAAAAGUUGUGGAUGAUGCAGUAGAAAAGACUAAACCUUGGCAAUUAGCAGAAUUUGUGGAUCCUAUUCAGUGUCGGUUAGUUACCUUACCUGACAGCACGGAUACUUCCAGCAAGGUUGUUCGGCUUCUAUAUACCAAUUCUGGUGUUGGUAUUUUGGCUCUUGGGUCAAACGGUGUUCAGAAGCUAUGGAAGUGGCCCCGCAAUGAACAGAAUCCAUCUGGGGAGGCCACGGCCAAUGUCGUCCCACAGCAUUGGCAACCAAACAGUGGUCUUCUUAUGACUAAUGAUGUCUCAGGUGUCAACCUGGAAGAAGCGGUACCGUGCAUAACACUCUCAAAGAAUGAUUCAUAUGUAAUGUCAGCCACCGGUGGAAAAGUUUCUUUGUUUAACAUGAUGACAUUCAAGGUAAUGGCAACAUUCUUGCCUCCUCGUCCAGCGUCAACCUUCCUAGCAUUCUAUCCUCGGGAUAAAAAUAUCAUAGCGAUUGGAAUGGAUGAUUCAACUAUUUAUAUUUACAAUGUUCAGGUGGAUAAGGUGAAAUCAAAAUUGAGAGGUCACCAAAAGCGAAUAACUGGUUUGGCUUUUUCAACCAACCUCAAUAUCUUGGUUUCGUCAGGUGCUGAUGCUCAUCUGUGUGUGUGGAGCAUUUUUACAUGGGUGAAAAGGAAAUCGGUUGCAAUGCAAAUGCCAGCUGGAAAGUCACCUACAGGUGACACACGAGUACAGUUUCACUCCGAUCAAAUUCGCUUGCUGGUAGUUCAUGAAACCCAGUUAGCAAUAUACAAUGCCUCCAAGAUGGAGCGCAUACGACAGUGGGUUCCUCAAGAUGUUCUGCCUGCGCCCAUAUCUUAUGCAACAUUCUCCUGUAACAGCCAAUCUGUUUAUACUACCUUUUGUGAUGGUAAUGUUGGGGUGUUUGAGGCUGAUAGCCUGAGACUUAGAUGUCGUAUUGCUUCGUCAGUUUACCUGUCCCAGGCAAUCUUAAGGGGAAAGCAAGCUGUAUACCCACUUGUGGUGGCUGCACAUCCGAUGGAGGCAAACCAAUUUGCAAUCGGGUUGAGCGACGGAUCCGUUAAAGUGAUGGAGCCCACAGAAUCGGAAGGGGAAUGGUGAGUGAGUCAACCGACCGAUAACCGAUUGGUGAAUGGUAGGACGACGUCGUCAUCUACAACGAGCAAUCACACACCGGAUCAGUUAGAAAGAUGAGGUCUGUUAUGCUAUCCAAAAGUGUCUUGUGUAAUUUUAUGAAAUGUAGAUGCUUAGGUUCUAACUUUUUAGUCUACCAUAUGUCCCAACCCCAGCUUAUUUAAAAGUAAGGGUAAAUGUUUUAGGAAUUGCCCCAUUCUUGUAUAAUCCUCCUACUAGAUUCAUAGUUGUUGUAGUUUUAAUUUGCUUGUACUUAACCCCUUCCUAGUGUUUUUCUUUUUUCUUAGAAACAGACUUAAUACUAUUAUUAUUAUUAUUAUUAUUAU